AUGCUUGUAAGUCCUCAAGCCAUCUCAGACGUAGCAAGUGGAUUGAAAGACAUCCCAGAUGGCCCAAUGAAAGUGGUAAUAACUAAUAUCAUUGGGUUGUUAGCUACUGUAAACGCAGUGAAUUUACUUAAAGCUCUUGGCAUUAAUACAAAAGCACUGGUAUGUGACUUUCUGUGCAAACAUCAGCUGAACAAAGAAGACCAAGACUCACUCACUUCAUUUUACCAAAUUAGUCCGGACGAAAUCCACUCGGUAACAAAAGACGCCGCCGACAACUUGUGCGACCUUUUGAACGAAGACGACUUCGAUACAAAUCAAAUCAAAAAGCGGUUGGACGCAGUUGAAGCCAAACUCAAUAAACCCGUCACACCAACAACUUCUCUUGUUGGAAGAACUUCCUCGCCAAGUUCACUGACCAUUGGAGUCAAGAGUGUUGACACACAAAUCCAAACGGAAUUAACGAACCUCAAGAAGUUCUGUGAAGACAACUUUGGAAUGCUUCAGAGCCAAAUCGAAGAGAUCAAAGGCAUCUCGUCUUGUCUCUCGAGUGAGUCGCAUUCCAAAUUAGCCAAAAGUGCAUCCAAGUCAUCCGUUGAGUCGAACGAGCGCCGGAGAAGUUUAUUUAAAAAGAAAGACGAGAAGGAGGAAGAGAAAGAGAACCGGAAGAGUAAAGUCCGUCUUGGGAAACGUGAGGAGAAGAAAUUGAAAGAAGAGGAGAAGCGGAAGAGUGAGAUGAUUGAAGCCCAAAAGAGGGAAGAAGUUGAGAAAGAGCGGAAGUUAUUAGAAGAGGAACGGAUACGACUUCAGAAAGAAGAGGAAGAGAACAUUCAACAAGAGAUCCGACGGGAAGUGUUUAAUGAAGAUGAAGAAUUGAUGGAACUUGGGGAGUUACUUGAAGUCUUUCAAGAAUGGAGUGGAUUAAAGGUGUGUGAUAUCUUAUAUGACUCCGAGAAUGAGGAGAUAGAGGACAAUACUAAUUUCAAUGGAAAGGUCAUGUUUAAACCUAAUUGCUUCUUUAUCAGUUUUGAUAAGAAGGGAAGCAUCUUCGGAGGAUAUUUGAAGGAAAAUAUCGGGCUGUUGGACGAAGACGUCGACGACGAGAAUCACUUCAUCUUUUGCUUAAGAAGAGAAGACGGAGUGCCGUUCACUGAACCAAAAAGGUGGUUCCAUAAGAAAGAACACGACGGUGGAAUUCGGUUGUUUAGUAAUAACGACUGCUUGUUCCAAAUGGGAAAUGUCAACUUCGGGUGCUUUGGAAUAUCGAAAUUGAGUUUGAGAAAGAACGUGUGUCUCAAUUUGUCGAAUGAGUAUGAAGGAAUCGAAGAUACCGACUUAAAUGGGACGAACAAAAAGUUCUUUACUGUUGAGAGAAUAGUCGUUAUACACAUGUCGAACCCAACGCAAUAA